CAAAGGUAUCUCCUCCAUCCCUGCUCGCUCUAAACCACACUCACUAACCCACCCAGCAAUCAUCUCCACAAUCUUCUUCCACCGCCUCUUCGCGUCCGUCAAGCCCUCCGCACAACCGCAGGAAGUCCUGGACGUCACAUACCCCGCUGUCGAAGACGCAGAGCUAGACGCGCUGAUUGCUGAGAAAGUCGCAAAGCUUGUGGCGUCGUUGGACGCGAAUCAUAAUCAGGACGGCGGCGGCGGAUCUGCUGCGGGGGUAUAGGCAGUGGUGCUGCUGCGAUGGAUGCGGAGAAUACCUCGAGUUUCCACUCUUUGGCAGCAGAUAACCCUUCGUCUCUGCGCCCGUACGCAACAACAACAGCAGCAGCAGCAGCAGCAACAACGACAACAUUCACGAUCUCCGCGCUCCCUGCACACUCCACAUUCCCCUCCCCCACCAGCAAAAAAUCCCAACUCCUGCUCUCCUUCUACGAGAAGAAAACCCGCAACACAUGGUUCUCGAAAUCCGAAGAAGAAGUCUGCUGGGAACAAUGGACCAUCACCGUCUCUGCCGAACCCCCGCCGCGGAACGAGCAUGACCGGGCGAGGCUUGAUUGUGCUGCCGAAGCGCAGCUGCAGCAUGUGUUGAUGCAGAUCGUGGAGUUCGCGGGGGGAAUAAGGCGCAUAUCCCGUCGAUUACGACCGCGGAUGGGAAUCCGUUUCCGUACGCAAUCACGGUGCCGAGUGAGGCGGAGGAGAGUUGGGGGUCGGUGUUUAAAAAGAUAUUGGUUGAGUAGUAUGUAAUGAUAAAUGAUAGUAUUAUGAUAUGAUCCUGAACUCCUGCCCUCACCAUACUCCAAAAACAAACAGUUGUAUAUACACAGAUGCCUCUUCCAGCAGAGGACUAGUAAAGGUCAACGGCGCUUCUUCAAGAC